AUGGUGGGUGGCUGCGGCUCAGACGCUCCCAGGCUGCUUGGAGAAGGUGCUAAGCAGCCUGACACCUUUCAAGAAACAGGAGGAAAACAUUUCCUCGGUCUGAAUCCGAGACUACACAAUUUGCAUCAGGAAGAAGGGAAUGAGGGGGCCAGAGAAGGGGGAAAGGAUGAGGGGGGAGGAGUCCAGAGAAGAUGGGGAAAGAAGACGAACACCGCAGGACUUGUCCCUCCAACGCUGCUUUUAGAGGACAGAGUGAACGCCCAGCGCGGCCCGCUGCUGCCCUCUCACUGCGGCCCGGGAGCCUGCCCUCCCCAGGGCCUGCCGGGCCCCGGCCCCGCCACCCGCCCGCCCCGCCGGGCCGCCCCUAAUCGUUGCCAGCCCCAGCGCCGGCCCCGCCACAUCUGGCUGCGCUUUGCUGUCAUCCUCGCCUCUCCACACCGCCUCACCACCGACAAGAAGGAACAACACCCCGCAGCAACUCGCCCAGCCCUCCCCCACCGUCCACUCCCCCUGAACUCGUUCCAGCGCUCGGCCUCGCCGCUCCACUUACAGCCCGGGACGGCUCUGCCGGCGGCGCGCUGGGGGACAGGGACGCGCUCCCCGCCCGGCCUCGGGCCCCGCACCCCGAGCAGAGCAGCCCCUCCCCAAGCGGGCUGCGGAAGGACUGCCGCCUCCAGAGCGUUCCAACACUCCCGAGCAAAGGAGCAGCGGGGGGACGGAAGUGCGAGUUCUGCGGAUCGAUUUCUGCAGAGGGGAGGUGGGGAGAGGGGGCGCAGCCCGAGAAGCGCGGGUCCCCCCCCGGCCCGCCGAACAGAAACAAACAGCCCGGCCCAACUCACCCGCAGCCCCCCGCCACCCCCAGCACCCACCGCCGGGCAGGAGGCGCCAAGCAAACAGGUCUCCGGGGCCCGGCACAGAGGCACAUUGUUCGCUCCUGCGGCUCUUACCUCGCUCGGCGAGAGCGCCCCGGGGGCGGGCCGUCUGGCGCGGGGGCCGCGCGGGGAGAGGCGCGGAGCCCAGCGGCGACCCCGGCCGGCGAGGGCCGAGGCCGGCUGCGAGCGGGUCUCCGGCCGCCGAGUCCGCGCGGGAGGCAGCGCCGCGGCUCGGCGCGUCCUCCUGCUCGGCCGCCGCCGCCGCCUCCUCCAGCCAAGCAGCCAGCGCCGGGCGGCUCCUGGGGUUAGGUCAACAUUUUCCCGCAGUGUCCCGCACGCCGCUCCGCCAGAGGGGUCUUUGCCACGCGCGCACACACCCCCGGACCGCACUCUCCCUUCGCAAAACCAGCAAUUCGGGGAUCAGAGCGAAAGGGGUGGCGGGGGCAGGAGCCCGACAGAGGUGCGCAGACUUGGGAGUCCCCUCGGAGCGGCGGCCGCGGGAGGGGCGCGCGGCGGCGCGACGCCAACUCAGUGUGUCCGGCGAAGCCCCUCGGCCCGCCGUGCGCGCCGACCCUGCGGCCCGGGGCGGGAGAGCGCGGCGGCCCCUCCUCACAUUGCGGGGCUCCGGGCCGAGGCUGAGCGGCGGUCUCUGCCCCACGAAAGGCUGACGGCGAGGACUCGGGCUCGGGCAGCAGGGAGGUGCAGGGAAGAGCCACGCCACGCACAGCAGCGGCGGGGAGAUGCCCCCCAACAAUCCCAAGGAAUUCUCCGUGUCAGCAAACAGCCAGGCAGCGCCCACGACGGACCCCAGCUAAAGAGAACAGACCACGGCGAGGCAGAUCAUGCUUGAAAAUGUUUAAAAGCCAGUUAAGUGUCCUCUGCAUACGAGGAAAAUCAAACCUGGAUUUUUUUUUAAUUACGAAAUUUCUGAGCUGAAAGUGGCGAAGUUUUCAGUGGCGUUUCUAAAUCACUGAUUUUACUCAUGAAUGCAGCCAUCAAUUAAAGAAGCAUGUUUGCGUUGGUUUUCAAGAAAAACUGACUCUCCAAGAUUUAAAACCUCUAGAAAAUAGGAUGAAACUUGAGCUUCUUUGCUUUCAGAAACAAUAUGUACUUUCUGUUGCUGCGGGUAUGUUGCAGUCAUCAUACUUCAGAAAUCAUUUCAAACAACAAUGUUAUUAAAAUGUCAACAGCAGAUUGAGCAAAAGACAUGAAGACUCUAAAUACCUAUGAGUUUUUUGUCACAAAGCCAGAUAUUUGUAGUACUAAAGUAAAUCCAGCUAUUGCUCAAGUUUGUUCUCGACUUGUAAGAAAUAAGUUAAAAGUAAAUGUGCAAAUAACUGAAACAUGGUCUUUUGGUUGGUUCAUUAUAAUUCUCAAAUUAAAACAAGAAUACUUGAUCAAAUUUCUUUAACUUAAUGUAUUGAUGUUUUAAUACUCUCACCAUUCCGAAAGAUAAGAGGAACCACUUAGAACAUUUGUGCUUUAAUCUACGUACACACAUCCGUUUGGAAUUUCUUAGAUAACAUAAUUCAAAUAUUAUCAAUGCAGGAUAUAAACUAGUCUGAAAAAAACACACUUGUGCAGAGCUGGUGUGAAACCUUAUUACAUACUUAAGUUUUUACAUCUGUUGAAAUUUAUAUGUACAACAGCUCUAUCCAGGAAAAUUAAAUCAGGCUACUUUAAAGUAGUUGAAACGAAGGCGGAAUUAUAGAAUUCUCAGAUUUCAAAGCUCAUUUAUAUCAUAGUCUCUUUUGGAAUUUAAAAUUAUUUUAUCCAGGAUUGUAAACCAAAAUAUGUCAAACUAAUAAUAAUUUGCAUUCACUGAAAAAUUUUAGCCCUUUCUUUUGUUCAUCUUUGAAGGUUUUUCACUCAUCUGGGCAGGAUUCACCAGAAGCCCCAAUGAGUGCAUAGAUUUGUCUAAUCCUAUUUUCUUUUGGGAGGCAAAACUUGGGCUGAAGUUUUUAUUUAGCAAGCUUAGUAAGUCAUCAAUAGAAAUUUUUGCCUGAAUUAAGCUGGCCAUAUGUUGGCUCAUUUGCUUAUUUAUUUAACUCUCUCAGAAAGAAUCUAUGGAGGAACCCACUGUCUGCAUUUCAUACGUCUGACAUUUCUUUGAUGCUCAGGACAUGAGUGAGUCACCCUCCACUAUGUUCCUAAAGAGACUACAUCACAAAAAAAGGAGGAUGCACGGGAGGGGGAAGAAGUUGCCAGAAGGGGGUUAAAACUAUAGGGAGUGGAAA